AACAUCCUCGAUCAACAACAUACCGGUGCAGUAAAUUGUCAACCGGGGGAAAAAAAGGAACCUAAAUCCUCUAAACCCGCUCGCAAUCAACCAAAAGGCGAAAGAAACAGGCCUCGUGAACCGCUGGCGUUGCGUUGGGUGAUGCUGGAGAGAUGUAACCCACGGGUUCGGUGCGCGACGGCCACGGUUGGGAAUCUGCCGGAGAGCAACGGUAUGUCAGCGUUCUCGGGUGCUUCUACCAUCGGCAAGGCUCCGGCCAGCAUCGCGACCAUCCCCCCGAAUGGUGCAGGUGGAAAGGCGGCGGGAGGAAUUGUUGCCGUUGCAGCAGCAGCCCGUUUGAGAGCAGCUGGCGGUGCGGCCAAUGGGGCCGGUAGACGUCGGUCGCUGCAGCGGGAUGUUACCCCAAUCGCGCAUUCGGGGUCGCCCACCUCAUCCACCUCGUUGUCGUCGUCGUCGUCGAAGGUGCAGCGGAAGACGCUGCGUGCGGGGGCCAAGCGCUACUCGGGCAAGGCGCUGCCGGGAAAGCUGGAGGUCGUCUCGGGCAAGCGGGUGGCCAACCACACGCAGCUCGCCCGGAAAUCGCUACCGGCAACAGGCGGAAGCAGCACUGGUGGCAGCUCCCAGCGAUUGGGUAUCUCGGGUGGGCUAGGCCGGCAUCAGCACCAGCAAGGAGUCGGCGCCAACAGCAUCAACGCGCUGGUUCCCGGUUCCUACGUGCUCGGCGGGUCCCAGCCUCAACAGUCGCAGUCUUUAGGUGGCAGCUUGCAACCGAUGAACGGUGGGCGAAUGGUCGCGUCGUCGACGUCGAGUUCGCCGGCGCCGUCGGGCCUCCAUCCUUCCGUUUCCUCAUCGACCGUGUCGUCGUCGUCGUCGUCCGGGUCAUCGGUGGCAUCACUAUCGCCGACGGCCACCAUGCUGGCAGGUGGUGGUGCGGCCACGGAAACUGGCUCAAGCAGUACACCGAGUGCCGGCACGAGUAGCGGCAGUCCGGCCUCCUCGCUGCAGGCGGGCGGGUUCGAGUUUGCGUCCGGCGGAAGCGAUGGCAGCAGUAGCGGUGCGGGAUCUCCGGCGGCCCCCGGAUGGGCGACGGCGCUCGGAAGCUCGUCGAACCGCAACGGCAAGGUGCAGCUGCUGAUCAUGACCCAGCCGGAGCAGCAGCACCGGGCCCGCUACCAGACCGAGGGCUCCCGGGGGGCCGUGAAGGACCGCAGCGGCAACGGGUUCCCGGUCGUGCGGCUGGUCGGCUACAACAAGCCGACCGUGCUGCAGGUGUUCAUCGGCACGGACGAGGGUCAACCGACGCCGCACAUCUUCUACCAGGCGUGCCGGGUGAGCGGCAAGAACUCGACGCCGUGCACCGAGCGCAAGCUGGACGGCACGACCGUGAUCGAGAUGCAGCUGAAGCCGGAUGCGGCGAUGACGGCGACGUGCGACUGCGUGGGCAUCCUGAAGGAGCGCAACGUCGAUGUCGAGCACCGGUUCCCGGAGCAGACGGCGACGCUCACCAAGAACAAGUCGACCCGCUGCCGGAUGGUGUUCCGCACGUUCGUCACCGGCGACGACGGCGUCACCGAGGUGCUGCAGGUGUGCUCCCAGCAGAUCGUUUGCACCCAGCCACCGGGCAUGCCGGAAAUCAGCAUGAAGUCGCACCACGCCUGCCCGGUUACCGGCGGGUUGACGCUGAUGAUCUUCGGCAAAAAUUUCCUCAAGGAUACGCGCGUCGUUUUCGUGCGACGCAAGGCGCCGUUCACCCGCCUUUACGGCUCGGUCGCUUGGGAGCAAUCGGUCGUGCCGGACCGGGACCAGCUGCAAAACACGCGUCUCGCGUGCGUGGUACCGCCGUACGACCGGCAGAACAUUACGGAACCGGAGCCGAUCAAGAUCUACAUCAUGUCGGGCGGGAAGCGAAGUGAGCCGCACAACUUUUGCUACAUACCGAAAGGGCAGCAUGAUUCGCUCUGCUGUAUGUACGACUGGUCGCUGCCCAUGGAACGCUUCAUCUCCAUGCUGUACCAGCGGCAGGAGGACACACAAAACCAACGCCAGCAGGAACAACAGCAGCAACAGCAGCAACAGCAGCAGCAGCAAAACUAUUUCCGAGCGUUCGUCAACGGGAAUGUUGCAGCUGGUGGAGAGACCCGAAGCGAUUUGGCGUCGAACACGGUCGCUCUCGGCAGUGUCAAGUCCGCUGCAGCCACCAUGGCGGCCUCGAUGUUCGGUCCGGGGCCGAACACCGGCCACACUGCAUGCUUCGCCGCUAACGGCAGCCGUAACGAAGAUGCUGCGUAUGACGAAGCGACCACCCGGAACUCGGUGUUUAUGCGAGGCGGAGGCGACGGAGGCGGCGGAAUGUCGCUUCAGCACAACGUUGUGUCCAGCGGUCUGAUGCCGCCGCCGGUCAAUGCGGUCGGCAUGGGGAGCUUGCGGCGUCCGACGGUGGUGCUGGUGGGCGACGGCGGUGAGCAGCAGUUCUCGGUUACUUCCCCAACGCCGGACACCACCUUCAAGCCGGAGCUGGUCGAGUCGGAGUGUAGCCGUAGUUCAGUCGAGGACGACUCGCUCGAUCGCUUCCCGGGCUCGACCGACAACUCACUGGACGGCAUUACGUUCGGGCAGGCGACACGCGCCAGCCAGAUGAUGUACCAGCGACGCAGCGUCCGGUUGCCGAGCAUGGACAUCACGGAGGACAGCUGCUCGAACAUGUCGAUGAUGGGUCCGCCGGGUGGUAGCGGUUCGCUGUCGUUCGCUGCUCAUCUCGACACAGUGAUGCACAGCGUUCCGCUUGGUACGCUGAUGGAAACGAACGACAUGAGUGGCCAACAGCAGCAGCCCCAGCACGGCACCUCUAUUGCAUCACCCCAUUCCAUGCUUGGCUGUGAACUGACUGCCAUCAGCCUGUGCAUAAAGUCUGAGCAGCAGCAGCAGCAGCAGCAGCAGAAACGCCAGCAAGAGGAGCAGCAGCAGCAACAGCAGCAGUCGCAAACUCAGCAGCUCACCCAGGCCGAAUCCGCCCGUGUUGAACAACUGGAACGUUUCAUUGCGGCGACGAAUGCUCUCGAUUCGAUAGUAUCAUACCAGCAACAGCAACAACAACAACAGCAACAGCUGAGCGCUCAUAUUGAAGCGGAACGUAUACUGCAACAAGAUCAGCAGCAUCAGCAGCAACAACAACAGCAACAGCAACAGCAGCAGCAACAGCAACAGGAGCAACAACAACAGCAACAACAGCAGCAGCAGGAGCUCGAACAGCAACAGCUUCAGCAGCCGCAAACGAUCGAUCUGCCCAGCUUGGCCGUGUCUGGUGAGACGGCGGCCGCCAUCGAAACGAUGAUGCACCAGCAGCAGGACAUUCUCUUGCCGACUUCCCCCACGAGCGGCGUCGCGGCCUCCAUCCUUCCCGGUGCGUUGAUACCGGGCGGGCCUGCUCACGAGGCGGCAGCUAUCGCGGCCGCCGUCCAGCUCAUGCCGUCAUCCGCUGCACAAACCGUGGCCGAAAAACAGGCAACCGCUACCGCCAUGCUGACGCACAGCGAGGAAACGAAGAAGGCCGUGCAGGACAUCAUACUGAACGCGGCCGCCGAAAUUCUGACCGGUGCUCCGGAGCCCUCGCUGGCGACGCAGAAAACCAUCAACACGCUCAUCUCGAUGCGCUCACCCGAGAUGCUGGUCGUCGCUAACUGCUCUCCUCCUGCACUGCAGCAGACCCAUUUUGUGGCGUCACUCGAACAGCAGCAAGAACACCAACAACAACUACAGCAGGAGCAUCAACAACAUCUGCAGCAGCAGCAGCAGCAGCAGCAACAUCAUCAACAACAGCAGCAGCUGCAGCAUCAGCUGCAACAAGAACAUAACCAACAGCAGCAGCAGAAACAACAGCAGGAGCACCAGCAACAGCUGCAACAGCAACUACAGCAGCAAGAGCAGCAGCAGCAGCAGCAGCAGCAGCAGCAACAACAACAACAGCAGCAGCAGCAGCAGCAGCAGCAGCAAGAGCAACUCGGGCGACAGGAGCAAGAGUUGUUUAAUUCCCUUCUAAAAGGCAUGCAUCAUCAGGCCUCUAAUAUGGCACUGCUGCAACAUCAGCACCAGCAGGUGCAACAGCAGCUCCGCCAGCAGCAAGAACAGCAACAACAGCAGCAGCAGCAAGCAGUGGCACACGCUCAGGCGCAGCAGCAGGUUUCCCAAUCGCUCCUAGUUGGGGCCAGCGGAGUCCAACCGCCGCCGGAGAACAUGGAGAUUGGUGCCAUCAUGAUCGGAGGGCUAGCGGUCGGGGCGGGUGGUGGCGCAUUAGGCGUCGCUUCUGACCCGGCACAGCAACCGGUGCAGCAGCCGAUGGACACGUCCGCACCCUUGCCGAUGAGCGCACCCAUCCCGAUGGUGGUAAUGCCGGCCACGGUCGGUGGCGACACCGUCGAAGAGUCAUUGGUUGACGAAUCGCGUGCCCUUCCGCCCGAGCUGACGUCGAUGACCGAAACGGAGCUGAUGAACUACAUCUGCCCGAACGCGUUCGAUUCGGUCUAAACUUCCCCGUUCGGAAUGGUUCCGGUUUCUUAGAGAAGAACUACGUACAGCAUUAUCGGAGCAAGCACCGCAGAUGACAAAUUCGUGAUGAUAGGGCAGGGGUGCGCCAGGCAGAGGCAAGAUAUCAUAAUUUAUUAACCUUAUUCCUUUCUGAGAAAGUAACUACAAUUUACCAAAAACAAACCCACGAAAUGCGGUGGUGAUAAGUAAUUCGAAUCUGGUUGUCAAUAUUGUCUUUUGAACGCAAAGCGAACUACAGUAAGGGUCGUAGGACAUUUUCACACUUUUUAUAUGUAUUCUGACAUCCGGAACGAUACGUGUCAUUCGAUAGAAAAUAAGAACAAUUUGACUUUUACAAUAAUGCUUAGUUUACAUGAAGCGUAAAAGACUACAAAUACCCGCGUGAAUGUUAGUUUUUCUUUCCCUUUUCUAUUUCGUGUAGGCGUUACUAUUCGUAAGCAAAUGAAAGUGCAAUCAGUGUUUAACAGGGGAAAAAAUACAGCGAGGCGAAAGGUUCACUGAAAUCUUAUCAACAAAUAUCAUACAUCAUCAUGUUCCGUUCGCUCGCACUCAAUACCAAGUGCGCAAAGUUUGCUUUGCGCUUCAUGUAAACGAAGUAUAAGCAUAAUUAAACCGAAUACGCAGAAUGCAUCGUGCAUUCACUUAUUACUUGCUUAAGUUUUCGCGCGCUUUUAUCAUUCUGGACAACCAUUAAAGUAUCAAUUAUCAAAGGGUAUUCGGCGCGAAUAUCAUAGCAAUAUGGUAGUGUCGGAGUCAUCACUAUAUAGCAGGGGUCGGCAAAGUGCGGCCUGCGGGCCAAAUCCAGCCCGCCAAAUGAUUUUAUCCGGCCCGUAAGAAUAUUUAGGUGCUUCAUACUAAAAACCCA